AUCAUUGAUGUCGUUACAAUAUAAAAAUCUGCAUCAUGACAUUCUCACUGAUUUAUCUCGUAUAAAAGCCCUUAGAUGAAUUCUAUUCAAAUCAUUCUAACGAACAAACAACAAUAUUCUUAUAAACAACUUUCAAGAUGGCAAUGAAAUACUGCAGACGCGCGUCCGACCACGUAUGUGACAUGGGCGCCGAGAACACCUGCUCCAAGAUCAUGCAGCUAUGCGCCGCCGAAGAAGAACUGGUUGACAAUUUCGAUGAAGUAACCCACUACCUGCAGAAGCAUUUGGUCGAGAUCAUCGGCAGUGUACACAGCAUGGACAAGGACCAACAGCGUCUUAUGGCCGAUGAUGGUAUUACGCAAGUGGUUGCACCACCAGCACCCGAGGAAGGCGAUUCCCACGGCGGACUUCUGUUGAGAACUUUCUCCGAGAAGAUUAAGGACGGGCACGUGGUUUUGACGCGAGAGUUCAAGGUGCACUCAGUCGACGCCAAAAAGAACGAGGUCAGAUAUGAGCUCACCCGCGCCAAGGGCCCAGGAAACGUCGAACACACUGAGAAGAAGGCCUUCUUAACCGUUAUUUGUUAAAUCAAAAUAAUCUCGGCUCCUAUGAAUGCAGCUAUAAACAAAAAUUAUUAAAAACAACCGCAUUAGAAUUAAAAAUCUUUGUAAUAAGAGUUGGAAUCCUCCCCUACUUCAUAUUUUUUUAAAUAGCAAGAAUCAUUCUGUUCCUUCAUAAAGUGUUCGUAAUAUUGCGCAUCUAUCUAUAGUCUUGAGCGGAUUUCAAAGUGUUAUUGCUUCCUCAUCUUUGACGACGUAUCCGAAGGUCCCAUUUUGCAGCUGUCUCUGUUAAAAAUUGAUACUUCUGUAAUAGUCUGGGAGAUACAAACACAUAGUCAUAGUUCCUAUGAUCACUAUGUAAAUAUAAAUACAUGGUCAUCUCUACUAGAAAUUGUCGCCGGAUGAAAAAUGGAUUCUCCCUGAGUAGAGGCUAAAGUCAAGAGAGAAUAUCAUUUCUGACAGACAAAUCCAGAGGGUCAUGGUAAAGUUUUUUCAGUAGGUUAUGUGAAUAAAUUAUGUGAAUAAACAGAAAUAAAUAGAAUACUCGCGUAAAAUAAAGCAUAUAUUUACGAAAGACGAUAGCGCCAAAAAAAAAGCUCAAAUUUGUUCUAUUUAGCUAUGUCAGAUUGUUGAAUUUUUAGGAGAAUUGUUUGUAUUUACGAGUACUAAAAAGCCUAUAUGUAGUAGUAAAGUUUUCAUCUCUAUACCACAGCAUAUGUAUAAGAUAUGAUAUACUUAUGAUGCUCCGAUGGCUGCUGCGACUGCCGUUCUUCGACGACAACACAAGCAGGUACAGCGAAUAGAACGGCGGGUAGCAUGAUGCGCGAGCCGAUCACGUGAUAUGUAAUUACUAGCGUGUUGAACAAUAUAGACUAUCAUUGGCACAGUUCAACAAUUGGUUUAGUUUGAUCCCUUGCUGAAUAUGAUGUUUUUAUACACGAAUCGUUGUACACAUAAUAUACUUACGUGACUUAAUUUCUAAGAGUGGUUUAUGCAAGCAAUAGGAUGGCAUGCUCACGAGUAGACUUGACCAAUUGCACGCGAUUGUCCAACUGUUUACAAUCGUUUAAGUUGUGGUCUAGAUCGUGGUGCCUGUCGUAUUCUUGAGACUCGUCUGAAGGACGCAGGCAAUCACUCAACAGACGCCAAGCAAUCUGCUGACUACCUGUUUUAUAGAUUACACCCUGAAAUAAUAAACGCAUAUUAUGUAUACAUGCUUAUGAAAAGCCCGG